GAUCGGGCACGUGGAUCAUCCGAACGUGCCAUGCGUGCGCCGACGUGAUGACAGGGCCCUCUGUCACGUGCUCGGCGUGCCACGCGCCCGUGCACAGCCACUGCGUGGUGAGGCGAAUGAGCUGCAUGGUGUGCACGAGCUGCGCCAGCGAGAUGGACUUCGCCUUCGCGAACCACCAGGCGCAGCGGAGGAUGGCGGUGAGUUCCGCGGGCUUCGGGCGUUUCAUGAGCGCCAGCGGCCAGUACGCGGGGCAGGCCAUUGGCGCGGUGGCCACCGGGGCCGUGGGAGGAGCGGCCAGGCUGAUGACAGGCUGCGCCUCGGGGGCCGUGUCAGCGAUCCGGGGCAUGCGCGCGGUGGAGCUGCCGAGCGCACCUGCGCCGCAGCGCCCGCGCGUCCUCGAGCAGUUCGACAUCUCGGACGAGGGCUCGGGCAGCGGCGUGCCGACCGAGAUGGCAGACGUGAUGGCCGAGUUUAGCCGGAUGCGCGCGGAGAUGGAGGCUCCGAGGGAGGAGAACGCCAGGCUCCGAGGACGGAGCGCAGCGUCAGCCCGAGGCGGGUACGCGACGCCCUCGUCGCCUGAGCGGCUGGAGGAGGAGAUCGCCGAGGCCCAGGACGAGGGUAUCGACACCGUCUACGGCGUGGAUUGGUCUCAGGACUCGGCGCCGCUGCUCAUGCUGGGUUCGCGCCUGCAGGACAUCCAGAAGGUGGUCAUCCUCAGGGCGGCGGUGUUCCUGGAGGCGCUGGGCUACCUGGAAGAGGCUUCGGGGGUCUUGCAGGAGGUGUCCCACAUGGUGGUGGCGGAGUUGGAGUUCAUGGAGUUGGUGGAGGCUUUCAGGGAGGAUUCCCAGGAUCUCAGGGCUUCGGAGGUGUUCCGGGAGGCCCUGGAAGUGGACAGUUCGGCGGAGGAGGCGGGCCGAGCGGACCAGGUGGACCUGGUGGCGGUGGAUUCGGCCCUCCGCCCGGGCAGCCAGGAGAUGGUUUCGGUGGCGGGCCAGGCGGCCCUGGCAGAUUCGGGCCUCAGGGCCCUGGAGGUGGCGGCUUCGGGCCUGGUGGACCAGGCGGCGGAGGCGGCGGACCACCUCCUCCGCCGCGACAGCACCUGGGAGACGGUGCUGAGCAAAUUGAAGUCGAACGAGCUGCCCUCCCUGUCCUGGCCGAAGGGGGGUUCGACGGGGCAGAAGGCAGCUGCCUUUGAGGGGUGGCUGCAGAGGAUCAGCCUCGAGCUCGGCGGCCUGCACCACCUCAUCCAGGAGUACUGGCAGCGCGUGGUCGCCGUCGUCUCCGAGGCGCACCGCUCGUACCUCGCGCACGGGACGUUGGACAGGCCUGGGAUCAGGCCGUCGCAGCCCGAGGACUGGGUUGCCUCGGAGGCCGAGGCAAUCAACUACCGCAGCUGCGAGCUUCGGUUGCGGAGCAUCUUGCUGAAUCUGAUGCCAGAUGGCGUCAGGUCGCAGUGCCUCUCCACAAAGAUGACGUCGACCUGCGACAUCUUGUUUGGGGCCUUUGUCGAGGCAGGGCCCGGCACGGCCGCUGACAAGGACUACGUGUUGAACGCGGUUUCGAAGGGCAAGGCCGUCGACCAGGCCCACACCUACGAGGAGCUACAGAGGUGGAAGCUGAAUGCGACGCGCCUCUCAACGCUUGGCGUUGCUGCGCCAGACCCGUCGGUCCAGCUGACGACUCUCAAGACGAUCAAGGGCCGCAUGAUCGAGAGCGACCAGGUCAAGCACCGCUACUACGGGUUCCUCGUGGUGCGGGGCUUGAGUGGCGGCGUCUGCACGCAGGCCCGGGAGUUCGCGGGCUCGUCCGGCGGCGGCGGCAGGAGCGAGCAGCAGGAGGCAGCUCGCGUGGCAGCUCUGGCCCCCCAGGGUGGUAAGGACCCGAAGGGGAAGGGCAACGACAAGGGCAAGGACAAGGACAAGAGUGGCAAACCGAAGGGCGCCGGCAGGGAGGGCCCGAAAGGCGGCCAUCCACCUCUUGGAGGCGGCGCUGGAGCUGGCCCUGGCUGGGGCUCCGGAGUGAAUGGCGAGCUCAAGUUGAGCCCGCAUUUCGAGGGCGACCGCGGCUGCCGGCACGGCAGCGGAGGAGCUUGCCAAGAUCGGCAUCGAGAGCUCCAACCGCAGGAGGGCAAGUGCUUCAACUGCGGGUCCCCCCAGCACCGCUCGGACGCGUGCGAGCGCCCGAGGCCUCCGGCGAAGACAGUGGCUGCUCCAGAGGCUGCUGCAACUUUGGCUUCCACGGUGUCGCCGGCCGCUCCAGGGACAGCUUCUUCGAAAUCGGAUGCGGCAUCGAUGGGGCAGGUGGCUGCUCAGGCCGCGCGCGCUGAGGUCAGCGCGCAGCUCCUGACGCUCAUGGGCAUGGGCGCUGGAGUGCCGCAGGCCCCUUCGGGGCAGGCGGCGCCGGUCGACUUCUGGGCCAGCGUCGAGCCGAGCGCGAAAACGAUCCGGGUCUCGGCGAAAAUCGCCGGGGUCAACCGCGAGCGCAUGCUUCUCGCAGACACGGGGGCCACCCUCGGAGAUGUACAGCGUGCUGUUCACGCGGUCGAGGUGCACCUCGCGGCCGUCCGCGAGCAUCACAACGCACUGCUCCGCAUCCCAGCUGAGGUCGCGCACCCCGCGCAACUCAUGGGUGACGCGGAGGUGCUGCGGCAGGAGCGGCGGAGGCAACUUCGCGAGCGGUUUCGUGCGGCGAUGGGCGUGCUUGCGCGCGCCCUCCGCGGCAUGGCCCAUGCUGCGCCCGCGCGGCCAAGCUUGCAGGAGCACGAGGAGGCGGGGCACGUUGUCGUCGACCCUGCCUGCAGCAAGUGCAGGGGCGCCUCCAGGCGCAUGAGACAGCACUUCAGACACGACGCCUCGACGAGGCCAGGCGGCCAAUUGUCGGUGGACCUGUCAGGGCCACAUCUGCCUGGCCGCUGGCCCUCAGGGCGGCCAGAGGACCAGGGCAAAAAGGCAAUACACUUCCUCCUCGCCGCCUUCAGCGUCACCACCGACGACGAGCUGGCGCUUAAGAGGAGGCGCGAGGAGGGCGCGCGUGCCAGCUCGGAGGCGGCGCCAGGAGCGCAGGGGGCAAGCGUUGGCGAGGAGGCAGAUGCAGCUGCUGCCGUAACGCAGGUUCCCCCCCUCCUCAUGGAGACUGCGCCGACGGCGCAUCCGGCACUCAGGAGGCUGAUGGCGCGCGCCGCCGAGGCGUUCGGCGUCAGCGCGCGGCCGGCAGCUGUAGAGGCGCAGGGAGCGCCCGGCGAGGGCAAGACCGUGGGCCCAGAUGCUCCUGGAGAGUCCUCCGGGGACAUUCCGGCUCCCCCGAUCCUGGUUGAGGGCUCCGGCCAGGAGGCCGAAGCUGAUGAUGGACAUGCGGCGGCGCCCAAGAGUCGCACAUGGUACUACGUCGUGCCGCUCGAGAGCCGCAGGCCCGACGUGUGCAUCGCCGCGUUGAACGCCGUCAUCGCGUCCAUCCGCAGAGAGUUUGAGGGGACCGACGUGGUUUACAUGAUCCAUGGAGACAGGGCCAGUGAGGUGACUGGUGAGAAGGUCCGGCACUAUUUCGCCGAGCGCCGCAUCGCUGUGACUUCGACUCCUGGCUAUGAGCCGAAUGCGAACCCACGGGCUGAGAAAGGCGUGGGACUCAUAAAGCAGCGUGCUCGCGCCAUGCUACUCGCCUUCCCUUCCAUGGCCGAUCGGCAGGCGCUGUGGCCGAUGGCGGUUAAAGGAGUCCCCCGCAGCAUGUUCCAGGCGCGGGCGGUGGAGAGCAUCUUCCUGGGCAUCGACGAGGGCGGCGGCGGUUGGCUCGUGGGCCGGGUGGAUCCCGAAGCCACGAUGCUGGAGCGGAGGUGGGUUAUCGAGGCUUCCAGCUCCUUCGUGCCUGUUCCCCAGCCGAUCCGCCAGGGUGACGACAUCUUCGAAGCCGACUUGAAGGAUAUCACGUGCCCAGCGUGCACCACUAGAGCCCAUAGGUGCGGCGGCUUCCCCGGCAGCAGCGAGGACUUCGAGGUCGCUCCCAUGGGCUCCAGGGGCGGCGACUACGACGACAGCGACGACGAGGAUAGCGUGCCGCCCGAGUUCCGCGACAUCAUCCGCGACUCAGGCACGUCGCCGGUCUCGAUCAGGGUGCUCAACGAGGCCUUCGGCUCGGAGAAGGAGGAGUGGAGGCAAGCCCUCGAGAACGAGCUGAACUCGAUGACGGAGAACGAAGUUUUCUCCCGGCUGACGCCGGCGGAGGUCCGCCAGGCGAGGCCCAAGGACAUCUUGCCCAUGCAGGUGGUGGCAGGUGUCAAGGCUGCCGAGCCCUCCGAUCCGACGGGAUACCGGAGGAAGAAAUGCCGAGGCGUGGUCUGCGGCAACUUCGAGCAGCACGGGGAGGGAGAGCAGGUGUACACCUCGAACCUCGAGGUUUGCAGCCUCCGCAGCGCCUUGGCGGUAGCAUCCGCUAGGCGCUGGGACAUCGGCGCCAUGGAUGUUUCGACUGCCUUCCUCAACGCCCACCUCCCCAUCGAGCACAAGGAGGUGCUGGUGCGCCCUCCCGCCGUGAUGGUGCGAUAUGGCCUCGUCCGUCCCGGGGAGGUCUGGAGGGCGACGAAGGCCAUCUACGGCCUGCGCGUCUCGCCCAGGGUGUGGGCUACGAAGCGGGAUUCGGAUAUGAAGGACGUGAUCGUCGAGGACGCGCAGGGCCGUCAGCUCCGGCUCCGGCAGAGCACCGCGGACGGGGCAGUGUGGAGUAUCGUGGACUCCGCGGGCAGCGUCUGCGGGUACGACGUACGAGUUGUGCGCUACCUCUCCAUUGACAUCGAGGUCAAGAUCGACUCCACCAUCACGCUCUCGCAGCAUUCCUACACGGAGGAGCUGCUGGAGAAGUGGGGGAUGGAGAAGGCGAACGGCGCCGGCUCCAUCAACUUGGAUAAGGAGAGCUUCGACGACUUCGCCGGGGCGGCCAACGGGGACGAGGAGGAGCCAGCGCUGAGCGAUGUCAGGCUCGCGCAACGCAUGGCCGGAGGGCUCCUCUGGCUGGCCUCGCGGACGCACCCGGACAUCGCCUAUGCGGUGUCGCGCGUCGCGGCUCUCGCCACGAGCCAUCCUGUCCAGAGCUUGUUGUUCGGCAAGAAAGUCUUGCGCUACCUCGCUGGCACGAGGCGCGUGGGUCUGGAGUACCACGUCCCGGAGGAGUUCGGCAUGGACGAGCCACUCCAGCUGGAGACGUACGCCGACGCGAGCUUCGAGGACAUUGGCGCACAGACGGGCGUCUCGGUGCACCUCUUCGGCUGCCUGGUCGAUUGGCGCAGCGUGCGCCAGCAGGUCGUCCCGUUCAGCACCGCGGAGGCGGAGGUGAAUGCACUUGCCGUUGGCGAGAACAUGAGCGCUGCGGCUGCGACCACGCUCGAAAGCAUGGGACUCCGAGUGAGGCCGACACUGUACGGAGACAAUGCCGCGGCGAACCACGUGGCAGAGGGACGAGGCUCACGGCGGACACGUGCAUUGUCCACGAAGGUGAACGCAAUCCGCUCCAGGAUGGCACGCGGGCUGCUCGAGUUGCACUUCGUCGGCACCGCCGAUCAGCGUGCGGACGGGCUCACAAAGUGCGGCGGUGUCCAGCAUGCCGCGAGGAUUCGCCAGCACUUCGGCCUGCGAGCUCUGGCGUAG